AUGGAGGAACUGGCAUUGGUCUUAUGUAUGCUGGGCUCUGUUUUAUCCUAUCCAGUGAAUCCCCAAGUAGGAGGGACACAUGGCAUGGCCAGUAUGAGCCUUGAGACAAUGCAACAGCUACAGACAGCCAAUAAACUUACUGCCCUGCCUCAGCUUUCAAGAUUUGGAUAUGAUGAUUCUACUUUGUGGCUACAUGGACUUUUACCACCACAUAUGUAUCCCUGGCUACAUCAACGGUCACAAAUGCCAGACAACCAACAGUUUGAAUAUGCAUUGCCCAUACAUCCUCCACCAUUACCAGGAGUGCCAUCUGUAGGUCAACCAGCUAAAUUUGGACAGGAUGGACAGACUGUUCCUCAGCAAUCACCAGCUACAUCAGCUAAGGCAGAUCAGCUUGUGCACCAGCCUGUACUGCCCCUCGGGUUUCCAAAUAUACAGCAAGGAGAUCCAACUCUGAUUCCCCCAAAGGGUGGUCCGGCUGAUGGUCAAAUCCAAACGGUAGCAUUGUUUAUGUACCAGACAAUAAUGAAUAAGUUAUUGCAACAAGGAGCAGCAGACCAUGUACCAGACCCUGCAGGAGUCCCACCCAUUCAUCAGCAGCAUCCUUACCCCAAUCUUUUCUUUAUGAAUUAUGGCACAGGACCUGGAUUACCACCAGCCCGGUUUGGAAUGAUGAGCUCAGAAGAAAUGCAGGGUGGAGCUGGUGCUGGAGCUGGAGCUGCACAUCCUUUGAGUUACUUAUACCCAGGAUUGCUAGGAGUUGGACCCAGUCUUGGAGGCAAGCCACUGAACCCAGCAAUGGCUGGAGACUUUACUAUAGAAGACGAUUCUCCUGGAGCAGGUGUAAAACCAGCAGGUCAAGGAGUUGCACAGAUCCCAGCUGAAAUUCCCCAAGUUGCUGGCUUGAAUCCUUCCAUGUCUGGCUUAGAGGGGAUACCACCAGGCCAAAUUGACACCCUUCAAUUCCCCAACAUCCAUCUUCCUAAUAUGGGACUUAAUCCUUUAGGACAAAGCAAGGGUCCAUUGCCUGUAACCCCAGCCAAUGUCCCCAAACUGACACAUGACACAGCUGCAGGAUUUGCUCCAUAUGGCAUUGAUGAACCCUUAAUAUUUGGCAUCCAAAGAGAAAAUCCUACUAAUAUGGACAUUGGUCAUGGAAAUAAUGGUAUAGAUUCCCCUAUUAUGAAUAAUGAUAUCCAUCUACAGAAUCAUUAUUUCCAGGAACCUUGA